AUGGCAGCGAAUCAAACACCGCAAAAAAUACGAGAACUUCGAUUACCAUUAGCAAGAGUUCGUACAAUAAUGAAAAGUUCACCGGACGUCGAAUCUAUUGGGCAGGAUGGUUUAUUUUUAGUUACUAAAGCUACGGAAAUGUUCAUCCACUAUUUGGCAACAGAAGCUUACACCAAAGCGAAUCAAAAAAAUGCAUUAGACUACAAACAUCUUGCAGAUGUAGCGCAAACUAAUGAGACUUUGGAAUUUCUUAAAGAAAUAAUGCCUCGCAAAAUAACAGUAAGACAAUUCAAAGAACUGAUGGCUGCUAAAGAGGCUACUGCACAAAGUAGUUCUUCUGGUAGUUCCGAUUCUGAUAGUGACAGUCAGUCGGAUUCGGAAUCAGGCUCGGACAGUGAUUCAAAAAAAGACGAUGAUGAGGAUGAUGAUAAUGAAGAAGAUGAUGAUGAUGACCAUAGUAGUGAGGAUAAUAAAUCUAUAUCAAAUGGUAAAAAUAAUUCGAAAAUGAGUGGAUCUAGUAGUGAAAGUGAACAUGAUGACUGA